AUGGCAAUCCGAAUUGGUCGCAAGGAGCGAUUGAUGGCGACAAUAGCCAUUUCAUUCUCUUUUUUCGUGGCCGAACUUACUGCCGGAUUUUACACACACUCUCUCGCGUUGCUCGCUGAUGCGUUCCACUAUUUGAGCGAUUUGCUUGGAUUUGUGGUGGCCUUGGUCGCUGUCAUGAAGUCUGAAGAGAAAGUUCCGCCAAAGGAAUUGACAUUUGGAUGGGCGCGUGCAACGCUUUUGGGCGCGUUUUUCAAUGGCGUGUUCCUUUUGGCGCUCGGUGUCAGCAUCCUUGUUCAAGCCAUCGAACGAUUUAUCAACGUGGCCGUCGUCGACCAACCGAAGGUCGUCCUGAUCGUGGGAUGCGUUGGCCUGGGACUGAAUCUCCUAGUCUUGUCGUUUCUUCAUGAACAUGAUCACGAUCAUGGUCAUGGCCACAGUCACGGUCACGGCCACAACCAUAAACACGCACAUGCGCACGAGCACGAGCACAACCAUGAUAGCAACCACAGGCAUGAAACCCUGCACGAGGAAGAUGCUGCCACAGCCACAAGAACAGGUGAUGGGACGGCGCCCGAGGCAGAGGCUCGGCCCACGUCGGUGAGUAUUCUGGCCCACCAAAUCAAGCUCGCUGAUCUGACAAAAGAAACAACCAAGGCAUCCAACAGUCACCACCAGCACAGGCAUGUAUCACUCUCGCCAUCUCGCCCGGGCAGAGACUUGGGGAUGCUCGGCGUUAUGAUCCACGUAGUUGGUGAUGCCAUCAACAACAUUGGCGUCAUAGCAGCGGCCCUCAUUAUCUGGAAAGGCCAUGGGGAGGCACGAUAUUAUGCCGACCCUGCCAUUGGCGUGUUUAUCUCUCUGAUGAUCUUCUUGACCGCUUGGCCAUUGACUAAGAACAGCGGCCGCAUUCUGCUGCAGAUUGCUCCUCACGAGAUAGAUCCUGAUAACGUGAAGCAAGAUAUCCAGAAGGUCGCUGGUGUUGAAUCUGUGCAUGAACUUCACAUCUGGCGACUAGAUCAGCGCAAGUCUAUUGCAUCUGCACAUGUUGUCGUUGACGGUAGGACCGUCCGAAGCUUUGCAGACACAGCAAAGACCAUCAUGGAAUGCUUCCAUGCGUAUGGAAUCCACUCGGCAACACUGCAGCCCGAGGUACUGCCUGCUCACCAGCAACGGCAAGCCCAAAGCUCCCCCGCGGCUUCGAGCCCUGAUACAACAACGACAACAACAACAACAACAACGCCGACUCAACAGCAGCGUGAUAACGGCGCUGAUUGCCAGAUAGAGGAGCGCAUUUCCGCGACAGCAAAUAGUUAA